AUGUUUGAUGCUUACCCAGAAUAUAUAGAAGAAUUUAGUAUAGAGAUAGCUGAUUUCAAUCCAAUUGGUCCUACUGCCCAUAUAUCUUUACCUGAAACUAUGCCAAAACGUAAUAACGGGAUUAUUAAUAUUCAAAAUAAUGAUGACUGGUGUUUCGGAUGGUGUGUCCUAGGAGCUUUGCAUCCAGUUAAAGUUCAUCCAGAAAGAAAUCCGCAUCGGCUAUAUGGAGAUUUCGUGGAGAAACUUAAUAUGGAUGACAUCCCAAUUCCAGUACCGGUCUCAACACCAGUUUAUAAAAAGUUCGAAGAAAAUAACCCAGAAAUCAGUCUAUGUGUCUAUGAAUGGCACAACCAAAACAAAUGUCUUGACUUUCGCUAUGUUUCAGAAAGAAGAGGGGAAGAAUAUAAGCAAGUAAAUCUUCUAGUAAUUACGGAAGAAGAAAGAAGUCACUACUGUAUUAUCAAAGAUUUACAUAAGCUGGUAUACAAUCAUAGCAAGCAUAAAGGACAAAAAUAUCUAUGCCGAUAUUGCCUUCAUGUAUAUUCAGCGGAGAAAGGGUAUAAGGAACAUUUGCCGAAAUGCAAGAGUUUGAAUAAUGCUCCUCAACGGCCACAAAUGCCAGUAAAAAAUAGGAGUAUCAAAGCUUUCUAUAAUCAUAAAUGCAUGCAACCAAAUCCAUAUCGCAUUUUCUGGAAUCUAGAAAUUUUAACCGAAAAGUUAACUCCAGAAGAGAAAACGAAGUUAAUCCAUACUGAAAGAUUGCAGAUGCACAAGCCGUGUGGCUAUUGUUAUGUAGUUGUUCGUAUGGAUAGUUCACUUAACUAUGAGAUUAUGAGUUAUGAUCUAUACAGAGGCCCAGAUGCGCUUGAAAGAUUCGUUACAAAAAUCGAGAAGGAGCAGGCAAACAUACAGGAGGACUUAUCCGCGCCAGCUGAAAUGAUUUUAGCGUCGGGUGACCUAAAGUCAUACAAUGAGGCGACAGAAUGCUGGAUUUGUAAGAAACCUUUUAUCAAGCCAUCACAAGAAGCAUUGCAAAAAUUCGAAGAAGCAAAGCACAGAUUAUUAGAAGUCAAGGAAUGGGAAGCAAGCAUAGGGGAAGAUCAUCCAGAAAAGAAAAAGAUACAGAAAGAAUACAGAGAAGCUUUAAGUGCUCUUAAUCGAAAAGUAAAAGAUCAUGACCAUAUAAAUGGAAAGUAUCGAGGUCCAGCUCAUGAUACUUGUAAUAAAAAGUUGCGGAUAGGCUCUUUCGAAACCAAAGUGCCCCUUAUCUGUCAUAAUUUCCGGGGGUAUGACUCUCAUUCGCUUAUGAAAGUUGUGAGCAAGUUCACAGUUGAUAAGCUAAAUUGCAUCCCAGAGAAUAUAGGAAAGUACAAAGCUAUGGAUGUUGACCAACUCCGAUUCUUAGAUAGCUUUUAG